AUGGACAGCGACGCAGAAGUACGUAAUGCGUACAACACGGUGCAGUUGUCGACGAAGGAGAUGUUAAAGAACAAUCGACGUCAACAUUAUUGCAACAUGAUCGAUUUGCUGACGAGCAGCUGCAAGGCGUGUGGACUGCUAGGCACACAAUUCACAGACGAGGAGCUCGUUAAGUUCUGGCUGGGGGAUAUAUUGCCAUUGAUGUUUGAUUCGGACGCCAGCAUACAGAAUUGUGCGGUAGCUUCGUUGGCCGAGGCUCUAGUGGCACUGGAUUUGUCUGUAAUACAUGAAGCACAAUGUUGGCCACAAAUACGCGAUGAAUUUGUUAACAACUAUACAACACGCAUUGGAGAAAUGCGUGAAGCCAAGAACAACAAUUGGCACAAAAUCUGGUCGCUGUUGGUGCAGAUUAUGGACAACGACCUGCUCCGCGGCUGCAGCUACAUAAACAAAUUUCUGGCCGUGGUGGAGCUGGGAUUUCGCAAUCCCGACAAUAAUGUGCGUGCGGAGGCGUUUCUUUGCUGGCGCGUCCUAAUUAAAGUCUUUGCUGCCUAUGAAGAACUGGCUACGCUUAAGCGCCUACGUUUGUUGCUCAUACCAUUGCGCACCUCACAGUCGCGCUCCUCCCAUGUUAGCAGCAUAAAACUGCGCGUCUGGUGGUAUCUCUUGAGCUGUCUGAACGAUGAACUACCCAAUGUCUUUGAGCACGCUGUGGAGUACUUUCUGAGCUUUCUGUUUGGCGGUGGUGCUCGAGGCACGUCAACGGGACUGGCGCAUAGCUAUCAAUCAGCGCGCGAUCUGUCGCUGCCUUGUCUGGUAGCCCUGUGGCAAAUGGAGCCCGAUGCAGUGAUGCUGCAGCGGAUACAACGAGAGCAACGCCUGGAAACACUGAGCGCGCCAUCGCCAUUGAUGCAAGAAACAUUAUUGCAAAAGCAUUGGCGUCCCAUGCUAGCAGCCGCCAUGGCAGCACUCCAGCUACUCAGUCAGCAAAGUGGCAGCGAAACUGAGCAACAGCUGCAACAUCUGCUGCUUCGCAACUUAACCCGGGCCAUGCUUCAGUUCCGUGUACCUGAGUUUACAGUCGCCUGCUGCACUGAGCUUGCAACUAACGGCGAUCAAUUGCGUUUGGUGUUCAAUACCAUUGCAGAGACAAGCUUGCCAGCAAAGCGCUGGCAGUCGCUGGAGGAGCUGGAAGCUUUGCUGCUCUUGUGCCUAAAAGCACGCGCCGAACUGCCGCCAGCAAUAAUGCAGCGCGCUGUAUCGAUCAUCUAUGCAGCAGCGCAGCUGUCGGCACACAAUGCUCAAGAAUUCCGUUUGUUGAGCAACUUUGCCGCGCUGCUAAUGCAAAGCAGCGAUGACGAGCAGCUCGAUGGCUUCCAGCUGCGGCUGUUAAUAUGGCGUCAAGUCGCCAUCGCACUGCUCAGCUAUCUAAAAGAAAAUGCGCUGGAGUACCGCUUGACAGCGAACGCGCAGCUGUUGGACGCGUAUAUACUCUGGCCGCUGCAGACGUUAAGCAGCUUUGCCAUGCGUGGCUCCAGCAGCGCCUUCGACUUGGCAUUUUGUGAGCAAUGGCGCCAACUGCUGCAAGCGGGACACAACGCCAAUGAGCGCAAGAAGCUGCUUGGCGCACUGCAGGCGGCGCUGCUGGAGCUGCUAGCCAAGGAGGAGCCACACUAUGCGUACAUCUUCGAUGCCUAUGUGCAGGCGGUGCUUAAGCAAGGCAUUUGCAAGGAUGCGCCGCUUUACAAGGAUGUAUUUGCGCUACUGCAGGCCAUACUGGCACGUCCAAGCGCCGCACAGACGCUGCUAGAGGCUUGCUUGAACAGCUUGAAGCAGCUUUUACUCGAAUUGCGUCAGAACGAGCUGAUGAUAGUGUUUGAUGCACUGAAGCCUAUCAUAAGCUUGACGCUGCAGACUUGGAGCAAACGCAAGUUCGAGGGAAGUUUUCUGAAUGAAUGGAAGCGCGCUAUACAGGAUAAAUUUCGCAAGCUGAGCAGCAAGAGUAUGGCCAAUCAGCUGAAGGAAUUGUUUAACAACGACGAUCUGUUUGUCAUCAUACCCUCGGUGUGGAGCUUGAAUCCAGACAAGCUCACCGAACGCCAGAAGGAACGCAUGGCUGAGCGCUCCAAUAUACCUGCCUUGUACAACGACAUGAGCCUGAGCCAAUCACAGGACAACUCCAUCAAGCCUUGGACACCCAAGAAAGUGGUCAUAGCCAAGGGCAAGCAGUCGGAGGUAGCCAUAAGUGCGCCACAGCAACCGGAACCAGCGGAACCUGUGCUUAUAGAGGAUUCACCGCCGGAGGAAGAACCUGUGAGCACCACACCCAAGCGUCUGCGCAGGCAAACUGUGGAUGCUAUUACUUCGGAUAAGUAUAAUUUCCGCAAGCCACGCGCAGACAAAGAGAAGGAGGAGGAAGAGCUAACCAGCAGACAGACACGCAAAGCACGAUUGGUCAACGAGAAGCUUAGCCCAACGGAAAAUGCUUCUGCUGCUGCUGCAGCUGAGCGCCGCUCCCCAAGGAAGCAGCAGCCCACGCCUCAAGCCUCAACGCCAACUGCUGCCAGCAAGUCGAAGCCAAUUGCCAAUACCAACACCAAAGUUACGCCCGUUCAAAGCGAUCAGUUGUUCUCGGAGCUACCCGCGUCCACACCACCACCGCCACCUGCACAGCCGUCCGCUAAAAAGCCAGAGUCAGUGCCAGAGACACAGCUAAGUGCUGCAGCAGACACCGAGCUCUUGGCGGCAGCAGUGCCGCCCAUGGAUGUAGAAAGCUCACCCAGAAAGGCCGUUGUACGCAUCUGCAAUUUGAGUUCACCACCGGAUCGCAAGCAAACAAACAAUUCAAGCAGCCCCACCUUGCGUCCCAAGCCUGCGAGCCAUCUCACGGGACGUGGCGCACAACUUAUCAACAUGAUACGCAACAAAAAACUGGAAGCCAACAGCGCUUUUCCAUUGCCCAAUGCGCCCCGUGCGGUUGGCACGCCUGCGCGUGUUUCGGAACGCGCAGAGCUGGUAUCCACGCCCACCUGUGAGCUCAACGAGCUGGAGCACACGUCUACGCCCAUACAGCAGUCCAAAGACUUGCUGGUCUUCUGCAAGCGCUUGCCCUCGCCGUCGGCUAGUCCCUCGGUGUCCAUACUCAAGCGCAAGCAACGCUGCGAGAGCGUCGAUGAUUUCGAAUCGCCCGCGCAGAAACGCAAGCGUGUAAGCUUCCAUGAUCCGCCAGUCUCGCUGACCAAGGAAUAUCUGCGCGAUGUGGAGGAGCCGCGCAGCGCCAAGCCCAAGCGCUGCCUGCUGCUGGACAAAAUAGCGCAGAGCAAUGAAACACGUCAAGCGCUGAAGCGACGCGGACGUCUGGAUAGCAUUAUAGAAAUCGAAAAGUUCGCCAGCGAGCAGACGGCGGCGGACAAGACGCUGGACAAGUCGCAUGAGCAGCUGGCAGAGGACGAGCAGUCCUUUGCUGACUUGAAGUGGCAGGAGACCAGCGCCAAUCAGCAGGACUCACAUGCCAGCGGUCAAGCUGAACUGAAUGCAGAUGCAGCGUUGGACUUGGUGGUGUCGCAAUGCAGCUUGGAUUCUGUGCUGGAACGUUACUUUGCACAGACGCCAGCUGCAGCGGUCAAGUGCGCCAGCGGCGUAGCCAAAUUUCUGUCCAACAAAAUGUCUGGCAAUGACAAGUUGAAAACAAGCGUGCUGGAGACACUUUCCGAGAAUCAUUCCAAGGAAUUUCUGGAUCAUGCUGUGCGCGAAAAUCUCUCCUCGGUCGUUUGUGAUCGCCUUAAUCCCAACUCUGUGUUGGAUUAUAUAUGUGCCAAGUCCAAAAUUAACACCAGCUGCCGCAGCAAUCUACUGGCUCAACUGCCAACCAUUUUACGCCAGGAUCAGGAACGUUUGACGCUAGUCGAGCAACUGCUGAUGCAGUGCAGUCUUAGCCCUGAGCAGCGUCUCGAUCUCAUCGCCCAGCUGACGCAGCUUCCGCCGCCGGAAACGCGAUCCAGCUCUAGCCUGUCCAGUAACGAUAAUGUGGCCGAAACUGCAGCGGAUUCUUCAUCGAAUUUGUGAACCAAGUCACAGUAAAUAUUAUAACAUUUUUUGCUUUUUAGAUAUUCUAAGCUCAAAGUAUUCAGUAACUUAUUUAAGCGACGACCACUCCCAAUUAAGUCAUUUGACAUUCAUAUUUGAAA